CAUCAUCAUCAUCAUCAACAUCAUCAUCAUCAUCACCCCUCCGGAGUCGGUUUGAGAAACUCGAGCCGCGAUGGGUCGCAAGGAGAUCAACUGCAGCUGGAAGAAGAUCACCAGCAACAUCAAGGAGAUCUUUGACUUCAAGGAGGUGCUGGGAUCGGGCUCGUUUUCUGAGGUCUACCUGGCGAGAGAGAGGAAGACCGGGAAUUUCUACGCCCUGAAGUGUGUGAAGAAAAAACAGCUGCACCACUCCAACCUUGAGAACGAGAUCAAGGUGCUGAAGAGGAUAAAGCAUGAUAAUGUGGUGAGAUUGGAAGAUUUCUACGAGACGAGAACACACUAUUACUUGGUCAUGGAGCUGGUGUCGGGCGGAGAGCUGUUUGACCGUAUUCUGGAUCGAGGUGUUUUCACGGAAAAGGACGCCAGCCGUGUGAUGAGACAGGUCCUGCAGGCCGUAUCCUACCUGCACCAGAACGGCAUCGUCCACAGAGACCUGAAGCCGGAGAACCUGCUGUACUACAGUCCAGAGGAGAACUCCAAGAUCAUGAUCAGUGACUUCGGUCUGUCGAAGAUGGCGGAUCACGGCGUGAUGUCUACGGCCUGUGGAACACCGGGAUAUGUUGCUCCGGAGGUUCUGGCUCAGAAACCGUACAGUAAAGCGGUGGAUUGCUGGUCUAUCGGCGUCAUAACGUACAUUCUGUUAAGUGGAUACCCGCCAUUUUAUGAGGAGAAUGAAACGCGCCUUUUCUCCAAGAUCAUGAAGGCAGAAUAUGCGUUCCACUCGCCAUACUGGAAUGACAUCUCCGAGUCAGCGAAGGACUUUAUCAGGCACAUGCUGGAGAAAAACCCUAAUAAACGCUACACAACGGAGCAAGCGCUCAGUCAUCCAUGGAUAAUCGGAGACACGGCGCACAAUGACAAUAUUAUCGAGUCCGUCUGUGAGCAGAUAAAGAAGAACUUUGCCAAAUCCAAGUGGAAGCGAGCCAUUAACGUGACGGUGGCGGUCAGUCACAUGCGGCGUCUUCAGCUGGCUCACGCUGACCCUGAGGUCAUGACCCCGAGCCUGACCCCGCCCCCGCUGAUCGAGGUGCUGGACGUCUCGUCUCCAGGCCCCGCCCCCAGCGAGCUGGACACCAACGGGAACCCCUCGUGCAGUCACAUGACCCUGUCGCCUCACGCUGAUGUCAUCAGGGGGCAUGGCCCGCUCAAGGCCUGCAACAGCGAGCCGAUGCACGCGCUGGUCAUCUCUGAGACCGGGCAACACGCGUAUUACUCGGAGUCGGACCUGUGUGCGUCAGACGGCGCCGCUAGCAGGUCGGACAGGAUGAUUUGUGGCACAGAUGGGCGUGGCCAGACUCUUCAGACCGGCGUUUGCUCUCUGAUGUAAUCGUCUGACUGACAGCUGUCAAUCAAAUGAAAUCGUGUUUAUCUGAGCGUCGGUUUGUCCCGUUACCUGUGGGACGCACAGGCCGAGUCGGGCGAGUGCCAGUCGCACACACACAUCCGCUUCUCUGACUGGUACUUGGGAAGAGGCCGAGAGCGUCUCUCCUCUCAGGGACUGCCCGUGAGACCGUACGGUCUGAGUCGUAAUAUCUCCCCUACUGUCUGCAUAUAUAUGUACAGUAGUCAUAUUUACACCCGUGGUGGACUGACAGGGUGCAUCAUGGGAAGGGUGGAUCACAUGUGCCACUGUUCUACAGUAAACAGCUGCGUGUUUGAGUGUGUUUAAGGACUGUGUUUAUUUUCUUAACGAUGUAUUUAUCAUUACUGUUAUAAUAUCUAUGUUUGUGUUUUAUAUGUGCUUAUAAGAUGAUUGUUGAAAGCUCAGUGUAUUAUAAUCCAUAAACAUGCUGCUGUGUUAAACAUUAAAUAAAACUAUUUACACACCAA